AUGUGGAAAAGAAAGGGAGAGAGCAAACGGGCUCCUCCUCCUCCGGAAGACGGCCAAGGCUCCACAUCCGCUUCCGCAUCCGGAAUCGCCGCAAACCCGGGAUCCGCUCUACCCGCCGCCUCGGCCCCUCCCUUGUCCCACGGUACCGCGCUCUCCGAUCCGGAUCUUUCCGUCCCAGCCGGCAUCGCCAUGGGUAUCAAUCUUGCCCUCCCGCCUGAAACCCCGAUUCCAUCAUCCUUCCCGACCCAAGACGCAUGUCUAGCGCACCUUCGCCUCUUAACAGCCUUCAACCGCCUCAAGACGGAAACAGGGUACCGCGAUGGUCUCUGGGAUAUUUGGGAUGCGCGGGCCGGUGCCACCAUUACUCCCAUGAAACACACCGAAACACGGAAUUGCGAUGGUGACAGCAGCGGCACGAAGAGCGAAGAACACAACCACAAGACCACCAAGAGAGCGCCAAUGGAUCCGGACACUGGAACCAAACCUGAACUCGACCUGGAUAUCUUAAUCAGACUCCGCGAAAAGAGGUGGGCAAUCUACCUCGGCCGCGCGGUAGACCGCUACGCAGCAUGGUGGCGGAGUUUCGGCCCAGACAUGCUCCUCGAGAGCGACAUGCUCGUCAUCGGGUCCAAACCUAGUCAGUCGUUAUCCUCGUCUAAUGGAGGAGAUCCAGCCGAGUGUCAAAGCAAGGACCAAGGCGAAGCCGAGCAUGAGACUGGGGAGAGUAGACAGCAUCGGAACCGGGCCCGUUAUGAAGGGUUCCCCGAGUCGAAACCGAUGGUUUGGCGCGAGGAGAUGCUGCCACCUCUAGAUGUGCUACUCGUUUGGCACGCGCAUAUGCUCAACCCGAGACUCUACCUUGAGGACUGCCUCCGCUACGGUCACAGCUCCCUCUGGGCAGCAGGAAUCCCCUGGUCCAUUGUCAACGCUGCCAUCAUCAGCCCAAGUUUUGAAUACGUCGUCUCGGACGCGUGUAAAGCACAUUGGGAAGCUGACACGAACCUCGCCUGGUACAACGAAGACGAUCCUGACGCCAAAGAUGUACCGUGCCCUGCGUGUUCUACCUUGGCUUCCAUCCCGUGGACGACGUGUGGAGUGUCGCGGAGCGAUUCGAGUGCAAAACAACUCGACAUCGUAGGCCAAGGCCUCGCCGACGGGCGACUAGCCCACGCCUGCCCCUCGUGCGGACUCAUGAUGACCCACGAAUCUCUUCGGGCAGCAAAACUUCGCGACGACAUUCAGGCUUCGAUACAAUCCAACCACGCCAUGCCGGGAACAACCCUCGACCUCGAUACAGGUCUACCGAAUCCUUUACAAUACGGCCCAGAUGAUACGUCAGGGGAAUGCCCAGACCGGCUCUUCCCCACCCGCCUGGCCCGUCGCGGGCUCUCGGAACACAUCCUCGAGAUGUUCAAGCCCAGAAACAAAACUGCCCCGAGCAUUAUGGCCGUGCGAGAUGCCAUGGAAGAGAGCUUUACAGGUAAAUUUGCAGAUCCCAAGAACUUACGUGAGGUGAUGAGUCGGCCCGGCCAAGAAAAUGUGACGGCCUUCCGUCUGAGUCUAGACGCAAAACGGCAGACGAGAAAGAUGAUGUCGCGUUACUGGGAGAACUCGUCGCCUUUCUCCAUUGACCUCGUAGGAUGUGUGAUGCGCCAAGCAACCUUUACUGAAAAGAUGUGCAAGCUCAACUGGUUGCACUUUCCUACAGCGCGGGAUAUCAUGGGAAAACUUUUAGAAAAGUAUGCCCGAUUCGUCGAGAUCAUCGCUAUUGCCUCGUCCACAGAGGACAAAGUUGCCGUCCCGACACUUGACGUCGACCUCGCGUGGCACACGCACCAGCUCUCUCCCCAGUCCUAUUUUGUCUUCACACUCGCAAAGACGAGGGCCUUUGUAGAUCACAAUGACAAAGUUGACGAGGAUCGACUAAGCACAGCCUUUGAGUGGACAAGUAAGACAUACCAGGAAAAGUACGGCGAGAUCUACUCGGAGUGCAAAUGCUGGUACUGCGAAACCGUCAGGGUGAUGGCCUUGCCCACGACCAAGAUGUUCGGAAUAGGCAAGGAGGAAAAGCAAUCAGCCACACUUACUUACCAAACCCCUGCUGAGCGUACAUGUACCUUAGUUCUCGAAGCAUGGCAUGCAGCCUCCAAGGCCAACAAUAUGCCCAUGCCGCCAGCCGCCGAGUCUGCGCAUAUCUCGUCGCAUCCGGCGGUCCACACCAACGAGACGACAGCGCAGCGGACAGCGACACGUCCAUUGCGUUCUGGGUUCAGGAAUAGACUGGAAGAAGCGCAUUCCAAGGCGCGCAAGAGGGCAAGCGAGACUUUCAAGGUGGACUCUGGCAAGCGCAUGGGACCUCGCGGUGAAGAUAAGACGUUAUUCUGGGGGAAAGAUAUCGCCGUGGACGGACCUUGGGCAUCGGUCGUGGCCGCCGUGACGACGAGCACCCUGUAUCCCGCUGGGCCAGGCUUCGCGAACAUGGGCGCCGGAGCUGUAGGCAGCUGCGCAACGGGAACGUGUGGAGGAGCUACUGGCUGCGGCUCCGAGCUGCUGGGCAUGUGCUCGGCAGGGUGUGUCGGGGUGAGUGGUCCUUCUUCGUUUGGUCAAGCUUAUUACGUUCCGCGGGAUAUCUCCCUCCCCUGCAAUCUUCUUAUCGCUGCCGAGGCUUGA